AUCAUGAAAUUUAAUGAAAAAGAACUUGCAGAAGCAAGUAAUGGUCCCGCUGAUAUUGAAGGUCGUUUAAAUCAUAAACGAGCACACAAAUCAGGAUUCAAGGAAAAAUGGUUCAAAUUGAGAUGUAACUUAUUGUUCUAUUUCAAUAUUAAUGAAUUAGGACAAAUUGAUACUAAGCAACCAGCAGGUGUAAUUAUUUUAGAAAAUUAUAAUAUUAAUCUUGAUGCUGCUUCUGAAGGUGUUUUUGCAUUUAGUAUAGCAUUUCGAGAUGAAUAUGAAAAAAGACAUAUUUUAAGUGGCCGUUCAGAAUCUCAAGUUGAACAAUGGGUCAAUGCCCUUAAACAAGCAAGUUAUGAAUAUUGGAGAUUUCGUUUAAUAGUACUUCAAGAAAAAUUAUGCAAGAAAACAGGAAUAGAUCCUUUGCUUAUGUAUCCUCGAAAUCAAGGAAUUAUUAGAGAUGAAGCAUGGGAAGCUGCAUCAACUUUUCGAUCUCAUGUGUCUUGGACAGAAGAUAUAAAAAAAGUACAUUCUGGAGAUUACAAUAUAAAAUUAUAUGAUGAAGAAAGAUAUGCAGCUAUACGUAAAGCAUUAAGAAAUGGAGAAGAUUCAAAUAAUGUGAAACCUUUAGUUGUUGUAGUACUUAAUAACCCAGGCAUAUAUCGUGGACCUUGGGUUAACUCUGAACUUCUUGCUGUUCUUUUAGCUGCUUUAGUAUCAUAUUCUGCCUUUUCUUCGAAGUUUAAGCUUCUUGCUUAAGCUUUUUUUUAUAAACAAUAAUAAAUUUAUUACAUAGAAUUUUAUAUAGAUUAUUAUUAAUAUUACUUAAUAAAUAAAUAAAUUUUGUUUUUAUUAUAA